CGCGGCCCGCGGCGAGGCCGCUGCCCAUGCCCACGGCGGAGCCGCCCAAGGCCGCGGCCGCCGCGGCGCGGGCGCCCCCCGCGGCGGCCGGCUUCGAGAGCCUGCUGGAGGAGCUCGACUCGCUCCGGGCCCGCCUGCUGGACCAGCACCGGCGGGAGCUCCACGAGCAGCGGCUCGGCAGCGGCCGGGCCGCCCGGGAGAGUGUCUCCACGGAGCGCGGCCUGGACGCGCUGUAUGCCCUGGAGGCCGCCCCCGCGGCGCCGGAGCACUCGUAUGCCCUGGCGAGGCCAUCCGUGGCGGAGCCGGAGCAGUUCGUGGUGGAGUGGGCGUCCGGGACCGACCCCUCGGUCACGGAGCAGCCGUCGGAGAAGCUGCAGCUGAGGUGGGACUUGCCGACGAGGGGCUCCACACAGUCCGAGGCGACCGAGCUGCAGACUAUCCAGGAGCCGACCUCGAUCUACACGGUCCUGGACGGUUGGGUGAGCAGCGUGCCGAUCUUCCAGCUGGCCGCGAUAGACUCAGCAUCGACGGCGGACAUACGCCGGAAGGCGAAGCUCUCCAAUGCGGACGGCGCGAUGGGCUCGAGUCUGACGCUGGGGGGAGCCCUUGAGGAUCUCAAGGAGCCUGAUACGCUAACCUUUGUUUCGACAGGGUUUAUUUCGAAGUGGUUGAUGGUGCACCCUAUGCAGUGGAGUGUGACCUUCUGGAGUUUUCUGAGCCUUCUGCUGAUUGCCUACGACACAGUAACCGUGCCGCUCUUCUUCUUCUACACGUUCGCCCACGUCCCUCUAGUGAUUGUGUUCGUGGACUGGCUCGCCAGAGUCUUCUGGACCUUGGACAUCCCGCUGUCCCUCGUGACCGGCUUCCACAAGGAGGGCUACAUCGAGAUGAGGUUCAGGGCCGUGGCUGGGGCGUAUGCUCGGUCGUGGCUCGUCUUCGACAUCAUCGUCGUCGUGUCCGACUGGCUGGUCGUCGCCCUGAAGGACAGCUCCACCCUCUCGGCGGUGCCGGUCCUGCGGUCGCUGCGGCUGGUCCGCGUGCUCCGCCUGCUCCGCCUCGGCCGGCUUUCGCACAUGAUCAACGAGAUCUUGUUGUACGCCUCCGACGGGGUUACUCUCGGCGUCAGCGUUCUGAAGCUGACCGUGGGGCUCUGCGUCGGCGUUCACCUCGUCGCGUGCGUCUGGUACGGCGUGGGCGACAGCAACAGCUCCGGAUGGGUCUCCAGGGAGGCGCUCCUGGAGUCUGCGGCGCCCUCCGAGCAGUACCUGUUUUCCGUGCAUUGGGUGAUCACCCAGUUGCAGGGCACGAGUCUCACGCCGCCGCGGACGAUCUUGGAGAUCGGCUUCCAGUCCCUGGUGCUUCUGGGCGCCCAGGCUUUCGUUGCGAUCUUCAUCGCUAACCUCACGCAGGCCAUGAUAUCCCUGACGGACACCCAGAAACUGCAGAUGCAGCAGGCAGCCAGGCGCUACCUGCGCCGCCGGCGUAUCUCUCCCGCGCUCUCGUACCAGGUGCGCGCGCACUUUGGGAAGAACAGCAGCGGGAAGGUGUCCGUGCAGGACACCAUGGAGCUGGAGGACAAGCUGGUCGAGUCCCUUCCGCUGGUGCUGCGGCAGCAGCUCUACGAGGAGGUGCGCCUGCCACUGCUGAAGCUCGUGCCGCUUUUCAGGCGCGACGGCUUCUCGAACACCCGGCUGCUGAGGCAGCUCUGCUGCAAGGCCAUCUCGGGAGUCUCGUUGAUAUCGGGCGAGCUGGUGUUCAGCCUCGGGGACGCGUGCAGGCAGAUGCUGGUCGUCGAGUCCGGCGCUGGUGUCUACGUGAAGCUGAAGAAGUCUUGCGAGACCCGCUCCGCGUUCGGGAGGACACUGACGACCUACCUUAAAGAGCAAGCCUCUGAGGAAUCGGACAUGAAGCAGGUGAUCCGUUACCGAGGCCAGCACAUUUGCGAGGCCGCACUGUGGACGCGUUGGACGAACCAGGGAGAGUUGUUCGCAGAGGGCGACUGCACGAUGCUGUGUCUAAUGAGCACCGAGUUCGCCACCAUCGUGAGCGCGUACGAGACCACCCGCGUGCUCUGUCUCAAAUACGCAGCCUGCUUCGUCUCGUGGUUGAACGACAGGGCCCGCAUGCAUGAGACGUCGGACGUGAUGGAGACCCCGAAGCAGCUGAUCCCCGAGUACCUGCAGAAGCUGGCGGACGACAGCGCCUUCGUCUUCAUCUCGCACUUCAAGGAGGAGGCGGGGUCGGACGCGGCGCUCAUCGAGGAGGGCAUGCGCCGCAUCAUCAAGGAGAACCCCGCCCACCCCGCGUUCAACCUCAGGAGGCCGAUUUUCCUCGACUCCAACGACCUUGUGGAGACGGACCACAUCAGGACCACGAUCGGGAGCAGCCACAACGUGGUGGUGCUCCUCACGGACAACGUGUUGACGAGGCCCUGGGUGCUUAUCGAGAUCGUGACCGCCCUGAAAGCCCGCCUGCCGAUCCACCUGGUCACAAUCCAGCGCCCCGGUGUGGAUUUUAGGUUCCCCAGCGAGACCUUCCUCGAGCGCCUCGCCGCGGGCGAGGGCCUCACCCCCAGCGCCCGAGCGCUCCUGAGGGCGGAGGGCAUCACCGCCGAGGACCUGCUGCUCCUGGGCAACGCCUUCCAGCGCAUAGCCCUGCCGUUCUCCCCGCACAAGUCCAUGAACGUGCGGGAGGCGGAGCUGCUGGACAUCAUGAAUCGUUGUGAGAUCAGCGGCUCCAAGUUCUCGUUCCGGCGACCUGACGAUCUGGUACGCUCAAGGAGCUUCGGGGAGCCGCAUUCGCCGCCGGCUCCUUCAACUCUACCACGGUAAAUGACCACCACCACCAAGAUCGGGAAAGUGCGCGAUUUUUCUUGAUGUUGGCAGGAUGUCGGUAGUUGUGCAUUUGGCAUUGUUGUGGCCCUCCCUCGCGCCCAAGGGGCUGGAACGGGGCUUAUCAAGACACGCGGCGGUGGUGUAUAUAAUUUCAAUUACACUGGGGCACGGUUUAGGUAUCCCACCACCACCAAUACCACCAAGUUGGGAUUUCCCAUAGCGCUCGUGCGCUGUUCUGCGCUUCUGUUCGCCGGGGUGGCGUGGCACCGUCUGACAGGGCCCUAGCUCUGAUCCGGUGGUGUAUAUACAGGCCUCGUAUCCAAAGCGAUAUCCGAAGCUAUCUUCGCCAAGCUAUAGUCGCCCAGCGGCGCCUCGCAAUGUUGAAUCAUAAUUUUUCCAUGCGGCCAUUGGCGUCAUCUGGCAAUGGCUGUCGUUACACGUAGAAGCUGCAUCUCGUCGUCUUACCGUCCCUUUUCUCUCUUUGUC